GUUUCAGUGGCAGUCUGAAACAAAGUUUGGCGGAACAGAGAUGACGUUGAUUCUACUGGCCGCCCUCUCCAACAUCUACACCGGGAUGUUUAACUACGUGAAGGCCAAAUUCCCCUUCGUAAUCGAAGCCGCCAUGGUGACCCUGUGCUUUGGAUCCAUUGUCGGUCGAUUCUGCAUACUGGCUUAGCAGAAAAAUCAGAAGACUCGGGAUUGUGUGAUUCGAAGUAACUUUAUAUUUAUAUGGAUGUGUCUUGUGGCUUUAUGUGAAUACAAACUAAUGGCUUAAACCUAAA